AUGGCUUCAGUAUUCCAGGCAUUCCCGCAGCUGCGGAGUGCUGCACCUCGACUCUCGCGCCGCCUAUUCGUAUCCAGACCAUGCCUCAACUCGCCGAUUCGAUCUGCCGUCUCCGCUCCACGAUCUUCGUCCCGACCCUCUGUCUUGCAAUCGGUGAGAUGGAAAUCGACCCAGCCGUUGCGGAACAGCGCCACUAUUGAUGCGUCGAAUGCGGGGAGAGUCAUACUGGCGGAAGAGGUAGCCACGACUAAGGGAAAAUCGAGUACCUUCCCAAAUACCAGCUCCAAGAGCGUCGCAUACUGGCUGCUGGGUAGUGCUGCGAGCGUUUUUGGUAUAGUCGUCUUUGGAGGCUUGACUCGACUCACAGAGUCAGGGCUGAGCAUCACCGAAUGGCGUCCCGUCACUGGCUCACUAUGGCCAAUGAGCCAGGCCGAGUGGGAUAGCGAGUUUACAAAAUACAAAUCUUCGCCUGAGUUUGCACAACUCAACUCUGGUAUGGACAUGGCCGACUUCAAGCAAAUCUACUUUAUGGAAUGGGCUCAUCGACUAUGGGGUCGCGUCAUCGGUGUUACUUUCCUCCUGCCCACUGCUUACUUCAUCGCCCGUCGUAGAGUUGCACCGGCGGUCGCAUGGAAGCUCGUUGGUAUUUGCGGCAUGAUUGGCUUCCAGGGCGCCAUUGGCUGGUGGAUGGUCAAGAGCGGGCUCAAGGACGACCUCUUCGAACCCGGCAGCCACCCACGUGUCAGCCAGUAUCGAUUGACUGCUCAUCUUGGCACUGCUUUUGCUGUCUACUGCUCCAUGGUCCUCACUGGUCUCUCCAUCCUCAAAGAACACCGCAUGCUAGCGGACCCCGCCGAAGCUGCCGAAACUAUCAAAGCGCUGCAGCACCCCGCUCUCCGUGUCUUUAGAGGCUCUGUCGUUGGUCUUACUCUCCUUGUCUUCACCACUGCCCUCUCUGGUGCCCUUGUCGCCGGUCUCGAUGCUGGUCUGAUCUACAACGAAUUCCCAUGGAUGGGCCUUGGACUAGCACCGCCCAAGAAGGAGCUGUUGGACCCCUUCUACAGCCACGUCCCUGAUCAGUCAGAUCUAGUUUGGCGCAACAUGCUUGAGAACCCUUCUUUCGUUCAGCUCGACCACCGCAUCCUCGCCACCACCACGUUCACUGCCAUCAUGUCUCUCUUUGCCUACACCCGCUUUGCCAAAGGCGUGCGCGCAAAACUACCAAAGGAAGCUAACAAAGGCGUCCAGGGUAUGGUCCAUUUGGUAACUCUACAGGUCACCCUCGGUAUCAGCACACUCAUCUACAUGGUCCCCACAUGGCUAGCUUCCGCCCAUCAAGCUGGAGCUCUCGCCCUCUUGACCGGCGCGGUUGUCCUCUUCAGCAGGAUCACUCUGCCUCGACGAGCCAUACUGCGUCAGAUCAUGAAGCCGCACGCUGCUAGAACCCAGGCUACCCCACACAUCCACUCGCGUCUCGAAGCCGCAAAGGCAGCCGAGAAAGCAUUGUAG